UCACCACCUCACACCCGGGAUAAUGGCGCAAUCACUGCCAUUGGGCACUGGAUCAAAUUCCUCGGACCAGUUCAUAGAAUCGCUGGACCGCCUUUCGAAGAAGACGGGAGUGUUGGCAACUAUUGUCCUGGACCGAACCAGCGGCUCGAUACUGAACACAUCUGGCACGUUGUCUUCGAUUCGAUCUACUUCAGGGUCUAGCCAAUCAGUCCCAGCAGCCGUUCCUGACGACGCUUCGUCUGGCCCUAAGGACCAAAAUGGGGUCGACGAGCUGGCCGGCAUGGUCUGGAACUACAUGAACGCCACGAAAGAUCUGGUCCAAGGCCUCGAUGAACAGGACGAAGUUAAACUGCUACGAUUACGAACAAAAAAGUACGAGCUGGUCAUUGUUCCUGAUUCGAAAUACCUGCUCGUGGUGGUACACGAGACACCUUCGGCGUGAAAGAAGCACACCCGUAACAAUUCGGCGUAUGAUACCCAGGCACAUUCAGGCGUUGUAUUUGACUUUAUAAGAGGACCAUUUGGCGGUGAGGGAGGGACUAGUGGCGGCAUGAAACCGGUUCGAUACCUCGGUUCUAUCAUCUGGCAAAGCCAGUGUGAUGUUUAUUGCAGAUUUGACUGUAUGGCGUAGAUAAUGUGCCAACGGUGAGGGUCUGCAUGAAACGCUGCGAUACCAAACACUUUGGGGUGAGCGGGCAGGCCAAGGGGCAAGGCAUGCACCCCAAGAGUACCAGGAUGCCAGGUUGUCAUAUAAUACCACACCUGGGAGAGAUCAAGUUGUAGCUUGAGUAUAAAAAUCCCAUCAAUGAAUCGCUUCAUUUGUAACUAUGGAUCAUAAUAGUUUAUGAUUAUGUGUCCUUUUAAUCGCACUAUCGACGAUUUGAGCUAUCAAAUCAUCAAACGAAAUGCCGUUUGCUGCAGCACACGCUGGUAAUGAGGAAUAGUCUCCUGGUGUGAGACCUGCGAUGGGAUUUAAUCUUGUGAUGCUCUAGAAUUAUCUGUGUCUUGCGUUAGCCUAUAACUUAAUAAAGAAUUGAAGAGAACAGUAGCUUUGUUCUCCCUUUCUCUAAACAUAGUGCUGAUGUUGCCGCAUCUGAAAAUGUAUACGGAAUCUGAUAUGCCUCGAGGAGCCCUGGGACCUGCGACUCCCUUGCAGUUCCGUAAAAACCCU